AUGCGUAAGGCUUUUCCUCAAACAUUAACCAACGUUGCCAAGGAUUGGUUUUCAACCUUAGAGCCUAAUUCCAUAGCCUCAUUCUUGGAUCUAGCCAACAAGUUCUCUACCUUCUUCCCCAGCAGUAAGAAAAUUUUAAAAAUAGUAGCUUCCCUCAUGCAACUUUGCCAAGGGCAAAAUGAGACACUUCGCAAUUUCAUAACAAGGUUUAACAAAGAAAGACUUCAGAUCCCAGACCUUCCUAUCACAGCUACAGUCUCAGCUUUAACAUAUGCUAUAAGAUGUGAAGCGUUUAAGAUGUCUCUAUCAAAGACCCCUCCACCGUCAGUAACCGACCUAUUUACCCGAGCUAAGAAGUACGUCAACAUGGAAGAUACUAUGUUCCCAAGGAAAGAUGUCACACCGCCAACUAAGCCAGAGCAUAAAGGGCUGCAUGAGUUUAAUUUACAUCAAGAUCAGAUCAAAGAUAUGAAAGAGCUCAAAUGGCCAUCAAGGAUGAAGUCCUAUCUUGAGUCUGGGGUUACGAACAAGUAUUGUAAGUUUCAUCGAGACCACAGGCACACGACUGAGGGCUGCUUUUCUCUAAACUACAACAAGCAAUCAAGGAAUAAUCAAAAUAAGGACAAAGCCGUUGGAGAUCAGGGAAAUCAACAACGAACAACUGGUACAAUUAAUAUCAUCAUCGGAGGUACAACCUCAGGAGGAGACUCGAGUAAUGAACUCAAACUAUACGCUAGGCCGUAUCUAGCAGUUUCAAGUAUAGACCUUGAUAGAAUGGAAAACAUAACUUUCGGACCAGGGGACUCAGAAGGAGUGUCAUUCCCUUAUGAUGACGUCUUUGUCAUAUCAGCAAUCAUAGCUAACUUUGAAAUGGGUAUAUCAACCAAACAACUCAAGCAGAUUAGAGUUCUCCUUCAAGGGUUCGACAGUGGAGUCGUCACAUCGGAAGGCAUUACUGAAUUACCUCUAACUUUGGGAUCAGAAGGGAAACAGGUAACAUGGUUCAUAACUUUCCAUGUAGUCCGAGCUCCAAUGGCCUAUAAUGCCAUACUUGGAAGGCCGCUGCUUAAUGGGAUAAAGGUUAUUGUCUCAACUUUCCACUUGGCCAUGAAAUUUCCAACAAGUAAUGGAAUAGGGGUAGUUCGAGGAAACCAAAAGUGUGGCCAAAGAGUGCUACGUUUCUAG